GUUUGCUUUGCAUUACGUUUGCAUUCAUUGAUAGCAUAAAUGCCUAAUCUUUUGUGUGUUUCACUCAAACCCAAGCAUUCAUUGCAUUCAUGGACUCAAUGUUUGUGUUUAUAAAUAAUAAUUAAUAUUUUGCUGUCAAUCGCCGUUUCUGGAUAUCACUACACCAUCGGUGGUUACGUUUGGAUCACACUAUUGUCACCACUGAAUGGUGCGCUCAACACAUAUGUCCUGAUGAGUGAAAUAUCUGAACAUUUGUCUGAAUGUGUAAAAUGAGAGCCAAAGAGAGGGCAAAAUGAGUCAAACAUUGCAUACGUUUUCGUGAAUGUGUGCUCUCGUGAAGACUACUCCCGAGGAAUAGGUCGCUCAUCUGUGCGCUCAUCCACUGACAGCUAAUCCCUUAACUCAAGAGUUCAUUGAUUGUGUGUAUUGUUUGCUUUGGCACUCUUUGGACAAACUCUUAGCGCAAAGAUAAUCAACAGUUGUUUGGAUUGGAAAACAACACAAAUAUGCUUUCGUUGGACACAAACAAUGGACUGAAGUGUUGGUCACAAGUGUGGCACCAAUGAGGAUGUGUUGCCGGACAGGACCACCACUACCACCACUGGCACACGUGAUGUCUGUGUGGACGGUGUUUGUGUACCUCGUGAUGAAUGCGGUGAUCGACGGCAGUACGAGUGCCCGACUGCCGGACAUCUACUGGAACUCAUCCAACCCUAUAUUCCGAAUCGAUAACACGGAUCACAUAAUCGACGUGAACCGGGGUAACGUAGCCUACGAGUACGACCAGGUGAACAUUGUGUGCCCCAUGUACUCGAAGGGCACCCGGGAGGACGACAUCGAGACCUUCAUCAUCUAUAAUGUAUCUAAAGAGGAGUACGACUCGUGUCGUAUAACCAAUUCGGCGACCGCCCGAACCAUCGCUGUCUGUGAUAAACCAUUUUUGAACCGAUAUUAUACGAUUACAUUCAGACCAUUCACUCCACAACCGGGUGGCCUGGAGUUCAGCGGGCCUGUCCUGAUGAUGAAAUAG